AUGAGAAAUAUCUCAGAAGAUACAUCUCCCACUGAUGCCGCCCGCACCUUCUACAAAUUGCCUGGGGCUGCUUCACUCUAUAAAGGAAUGUCCAAUAAGUUUUAUGUCAUAGUUGUAGGCCACGAGUCUGGCAUCUUUUUGAAAUGGGAGGAAUGUCAUCAAGCUGUUGCUGGAUUUUCCAGUCCUUGUUUUAAGAAGCUGGGAAGUCUCCCUGCGGCAUUAGAGUUUCUUAUCACAAAGGCCCACCGUCUCGGUGAUGCUAUCGAUAUCGCAAGUCUGUGUGCUCCUACCUUAAAUUUGGCUGGUCUCUCUCUUGCCAGCAGAUCAACAUCACGAACGAAGAGCUCCAUGUCUAGCUCCAUAUCUGACGCUACGGUGCACAUAGAUCAACCAUCCACCAGUGCUCAUGUGGAUAUUUCCACCACACAAAACCCGUCAGCACGUGCUUGGAGGAUGCCCACUGGUCCCUCAACAUCCGGCACCAACUCGGCACCAGUAUAUCAGCACAUUCAUGAGAUCAAUGGAGUUAGUGGUGCUGUACUCCAGCCGCACUUUGAUGACACCCCACUCCCGUCAUUUGGUCCCAUGGCUGACUGGUAUCUUCAAGCUCAUGGAUACACUGUGAAGGCUUUGCUCCAUGUUGCUUAUGCUCAUGAUAUGACUUCUUCGGCCCAAGACUUUGUUGACCAACUUGCUGACAAGGGGAUGGCUAGGGCCGAAGCAUUCUUCCUUUGGGGACUUAUCACUGCUCAAGACAGUCCCCCUGAUGUCUAA